AUGUCCAUCCAAGCCAAGGUUCCACCUGCAGUCUGUAUACUGCACAAUUUCAUCAAGACCCAUGAUCCCUCUGACAUUGACACUCCCAAUGACAUCAAGCUCCUCAACCCUACUCCCGAGGUCGACAAUGGUGAGCUUUCUCACACACCACCAACGGAGGCAAACCCAGGAGCUAGGUAG